AUGUUAUCUUUGGCAGAAGAUAUCAAGCUUAUUAAGGGUCUGAAAGUCUCGCGAAGAUCCCCUUCGAUCUCUCACCUUUUCUUCGCAGAUGAUGCUAUGCUUUUCUUCAAAGCAAAUAAAGAAUCAUGUUUGUGUAUAGCGGACAUUCUUUCUAGGUUUGGGAAAGCUUCUGGUCAACAAUUAAAUCUCCAGAAGUCUGUUAUAAAGUUUUCUCCGGAUAUUGCCCCCGUGGAAAAAUUAGCUAUUAAACAGGUUCUCUCUAUUCCAGAAACUGAGAAUAUGGGGAUUCACCUGGGUGCCCCUAUUGAUAUUAGGGGGAAAAAAAGUUCCUCCUUCCAGUUCCUGGUUGACAAAGUGGCGGAAAGAAUCAUCUCGUGGGCCCCCUUACAUCUAUCCCAGUCAACAAAGUUAAUCCUCAUUAAUACGGUUUUGGUUGGCAUGUCUGCGCAUGUUAUGAAGUGUAUGAAACUUCCCCGGAGCAUCGCAAAUAAAAUUGACUCCCUAAUUGCUCGAUUCUGGUGGGAUGGUAAUGUGAAUAAGGGGUUGCACUGGGUGAGUAGAAGUCUCAUCCAACUUCCGAAGAGUAUGGGAGGGCUGGGAAUAAGGGGUAUCUCGAAUCUUAACGACGCUCUUCUUUUCAAGCAAGCGACGAGGAUUCACCUAAACCCUCAGCUUCUGUUAGCAAGAGUACAUAGAGGGUUUCAACAAUGUAGUAUAUGUCAUUUUGCUAGUCCUUAUAGAAGACAAGGGAAUCCUUCAGUGGGGAGGUCAAGUAUACAGAAAGUGGUUCAUUCCUUCAAGAAAGGUUUUGCGUGGAAAGUGGGAAAUGGAGAAGCAUCAGGGCUCUCAGCAUGCCGAAGGAUAAGGGAGUGUUUUGAGUGGAAUAGUGCAAAAGCGAUCCUGGCAAUGGAGCUCCCUCUUUCAUCUGAAGAGGAUUUCCUCUACUGGAAUUAUCACCCCUCCGACAAAUACACUGUUAAAACUGGGUAUUACUACCUAUCAAAGGAUAGAGGAAUGGAAAUCACUUCAUCUUUGAAUAGGGAUCUAGAGUUUGUAAAGCUGGUUUGGAGAAUGAACAUUCAACCGAAGUGGAAAGUUUUCCUGUGGAAGCUGUUUCAUGAUGGAAUAACAGUGAAAGUUUGGGAGGAUAGCUCUCUCACCAUUUUCCCUGACAUUCCUGGGUCCUCUUCUUCUUUGAGGAGAUGGAUCCAACACUAUAUCCUGCUCUUUAAUAGCGAGGAUGGGAAGAAUAGUAAUUGUAGUGUUUUGUUCAUAGCUUCACUAUGGAGUAUAUGGAAAAUGAGAAAUGCAGUAUGCUUUAAAGGGUCCACAGGAACAAGUAGUCUGGUAGCGGAGUCCAUAAAGCUUGCAAUGGAGGAGCAUGAGCUCUUCGGGCAACAAGGAAGUUUAGCAGACGAGAGGGAGGUUGCCAGCAAGGAUAAUCUUAUUAUCCCCCCGGGUUUCAACUAUGUUCAGCUAGGAAAGGAAAAGCUUGGUUUUGACAAUUUCAUAGUGGAAGCCGAUGGCUCCUGGGAUAAGAACACAAUGAGAUCAGGGGUAGGAUGGGCAGUAAAGAAUUAUAUACAUGGUGUUGCCAGGGAUGAAGGGGGGAAAUAUGGUACCACAACAUCAGUCAUCCAAUGUGAGGUAUGGGCUUGUCUUGAAGCUAUGAAGUGGGCUCGGGCUAAAGGGAAACAGGGAAUUCUUCUCUUAUCUGAUUCCAUCUCCCUCCUGAAUAAUUUACAAGAUCACCAGGGGAAGGAAAUCUCGAUUUAUUGGCUGCUAAAAGAGUUAAGAAUAGUCGGAGCUUCGUUUCAAAGAUGCGCAAUCUUAAAAGUUAAUAGGGAUCAGGUUCAACGAGCUAACGACAUUGCUAGGAAAUGUCGGAUAGAUUGCACUUCUUUGCUGUAG